AUGGGGGACAGGAAGGAGGUGAUCCAGGGGGAGAAGACGAUGACAGGUUGCAGUGGGGGCUUCCGUGCCCUCUAUAACACCGUCUUCGGCCGUCGGACCAGCUCCUCCCCGCGGAAAUCGUCCUCCGCCACCGCGACCCCACGCGCGAGCUUCUCCCCGACGGUGAACUCCAAGCGGCGGCGCGGUGGGUCCGAUCAGAGCUCCCUCAUCGUGCCCCACGUCAACCUGGAUUCUCCCGUUUCCCCGGGGAAGUCCAAGAUGGCUGUUCAGCAGAAGGUGGUCCAGAGACAACUGGACCUGCCAGUCAGGCCGCCGCCGCCGCCGUCCCGCCCCGUGGCGGCGCCGCCGGUCCCCAGCAUAUCGGGGGAGCUCGAGAGCGUGAUCUACGACCACCAGCGCUCCAAGGAGAGCGGCAACCUCGUCCGCGCCUCUUCCAGCAACGUGAUGCUCUUUGGGAACUUGGGCAAUCUCAGGUGCGGGAACUCGGCCGCCGCCCCGAGCCGCAACGUGCUCGACUAUUUGCCCAUGACGGCGAACGAGAAGGAAUCGAAGGGGAAAACCAGAAAAGCAGGCUCCGGCGGCGGAGCGCCGCCCAGUGCGACGGCGGGUAAGACCCAUAACCCGAAGGAAACGGCGGCGCCGCCAGCGCCGACGACGUGCCGGGUCCUCUCCAAGAGACUAGACCCUGAGGCCCUGAAAGACCUUGGCGACGCGCAGUACGAGAAUGGGAGGUUUGCCGAAGCGCUGGCUCUCUACGAGCAGGCGGCCGUGAUCAAUCCCGAGAAGUCGCUCUACUGGGUCAACAAGGCCGCCGCCAACGCCGGCUUGGGCCGGUUCCUGGAGGCGGCGGCCGAUUGCAGGGAGGGCGUGAGGAUCGAACCUUCAAAUACCAAAGCCCACCUUCGCCUCGCCGCUCUCUAUCUAAGGUGAGUCAACCAUUCCUCCGCUGGAAAUCCAUGCCUUUGACCAUGACUGGGAUUUGAAGUAGCGACGAUCUUAGACUUGGGGAGGCGGAGAAGGCGAUGCACCACUAUAAGCAGGCGGGGAGCGACGCCGGUGACAGGGGCGUGGCGCAGACGAGGUCCCUCCAGAGCCACUUGGCGAAGGUCAACGAGGCCCGCAAGAGGAAGGACUGGCACAGCGUGCUGAAGGAAGCCCAGUUCGCCCUGUCCAGUGGCGCGGAUUCAGCUCCUCAGGUCAGCGAUCAUACUUUCCUCCAUGAACUCAGAUUGAACUCUAGCUGCGAAGCCUCGCGGAUUAUUCGGUGCUAGGAAGUCAAUAAGUUAUUGAUGAUCAUCUCUUGUGUCAACGGCAAUUGAAUCUAUGUUAUUAAGUGUACUUCCAUCUUCUUGCUGGUCUCAAUUCCUUUGAAUGACAUGAUGGGUUGCCAAAGUUCCAUGAUUGCGUUAUAAAAAAGGCACCCGAAUUGGUUUUAGUCGCAUAGGUCGGCGCUUACCAAUCGAAUUUCUUCAGCAGAGCAAGAAGUUCUUGGUGGUCAACGCACUCAACUAAAAUUGACAACUUUAUUCCUUUUUGUUGAGAAUGUCACAGAUACAUGUAAUCUCAUCGAGUGUUCCAUGAUCUUGAAGGUUUUUGCCUUGCAAGCGGAGGCUCUCCUGAAGCUCGAACGCUAUGAAGAGGCAGAGACUGCUCUCAUCGACGCACCCACCUUCGACAGGGAUGCGUGCGCCAAGUUCUACGGUUCUUCAGGUGGCGCCUACCUCUUCAUGGUCCGAUCUCUGGUUGACAUGGCUUCUGGGAGGUCAGUUAUUGAACACCCACAUGAAGAGCUCAGCCAAAUUCGCCUUCUUUCUAUGAGUAUCCUUCAGCGUUCAUGCCAAUUAUAGGUCAGGGCAAGUGCUAUUUAGGAUCUAAUGUCCUCAAUUUUCUUGCUACUUGGCCAAUUUGCGCCAAGGAUUAUGGGUCAGUUUCAUCUUCUCCGCCUUCUUUCUACAAGAAUGCAUCAGGAUCACGAUUGAUACAAAGCAAAAACUUUCUAUAUUUGGCAAUUACAGGAUAUGGCAUGGUGUUAUUAAGGGUUCAGCUACUUCGAUUUUUUUAGUCGCUUUUCACUAAUUGUUGACGAGGGCUAUCGAGAUGGAGCUCUAAAGUGUUGCCAUUUUUGUUCCUGUUCGAAGGUUUGAUGAUGCGGUCACCAAUUCUCAGAGGGCGGCCCAACUCGAUCCAAGCAACCGGGAAGCGGCUGCUGUGGCUUGGCGGGCCCGUGUGGUUUCAUCGGCUAGAACAAAGGGCAACGAUCUCUUUAAGGCCUCAAAGUAUGGGGAGGCCUGUGUUGCAUAUGGGGAGGGCCUGGGCCAAGACCCGCAGAACCCCAUCCUCCUCUGCAACCGGGCGGCCUGCCGCUCCAAGCUCAGGCAGUGGGAGAAGGCCAUCGAAGACUGCAGUCUGGCCCUCAAUGUUCGCCCAUCCUACACAAAAGCCCGCCUCAGGAGAGCCGACUGCUAUGCAAAGGUGACUUCUUUAUUAUGUGCCCCAGUUUUAAUAUGAGAGAGAGAGAGAGAGAGAGAGAGAGAGAGAGAGAGAGAGAGAGAGAGAGAGAGAGAGAGAGAGAGAGAGAGAGAGAGAGAGGAGUCUUUACUUACUGUUUUUGAAUGUUUUGUUCAGCUGGAAAGGUGGGAAGAAUCGGUUCAAGAUUAUGAGUGGUUGGGCCAAGAGUUGCCAGGAGAUGAGGAGGUUCUCAGAUCCCUUGCGGAAGUCCAUGGCCAAAGGAAGAGGAGAGACGAAGAAAGUGAGUGCAGGAAUCCAUUUUCCGAUCUGGUUGUCGUCAAGACACCCGACCAACUCUCUGAUAUGACUAAAUCAAUGGGUAUAUCUCUAAAUCAUCUCCUUAACUGUCUUCCAAUUACUCCAAUCGGCAGCUCGGUUCUUGUUUUCAAUGAAUGGAAUUAACCAAGACUAUGAUGUUGGUCAUUUUUUUGGCUCAUUUCACUGAACUGAUGUCAAUUCCGAAAUUAUUUCUUUAAUUGUCUUCAAAUUGCCCAUAUUAGUAUUUUUGGGUUCUGUUUUAUCUGGAAAUAAUUCGCCAAAUGACAACUUUUAAUGACUUAUUUUUGCAUCCUAUCAGCUAAAUGAUUGAUUAGUUGGCCCAAGAAUUUCCGUAAUAUGUCUUCAAAUUACCCAGACUAGUAAUUCGGGUUCGGAUCAGAGAAUCAGUCUGAUUGUAAAUUUCGUGAAUUUUUUGGGUAAUUUCUUUGUGGCAGGAACAUAUGUGGUGUUCUUUGGUGAUAAAGAGAGCAAAACCAGGCAAAUAUCAGACUUUCUGGUGCAGCUUCGCAAAAAACACCCCUCGGUUCACUUUGUUGAGGUAUCAUCAAUAUUUUGAUAUGUGCCAAUAAAAUAUAAAUUAAUCGAAAAUUUUAAUUUCUGUGGUUUUUCUAAGUUUUUUGAUGUGUGAUCCUGUCAUUAUUAUAUUUUCAAGUAUAUUUUAAAUAUCGCGAAAAAUAUUCAUUUACAUGGUUUUUACAAUUUCUUAGGCUGUAUAAUCGAUUAUCCUUUCAUUUUUUAAUAUUUUAUAAUGAAACAUAGAUUUUCUUUCGAUGUUUUUUCCUAGUUUUUUGGAGGAAUGAGGGACUCAUUUUAUAAUUGAUAAAAAUAUAAAUUUAAUCGAAGAUUUUAAUUUCGAAGGUUUCUCUCAAUCUUUUCUGGCCACAAUCAAUGAUCAUAUUAUGUUGUUAUUUUCAGAUAAAUUAUAAAUUUCAGGGAAAAUAUUCACUGGACUUCGAAAAGGAAAUGAUCAUAUCCCGAUCCAUUGAGCAAUAAUGUAUUUUUUUUUCAGAGAAAUCUUCAAAAUACCCAAAAAAUAGUUUCUACUUUGAUCUUCAUUCAUGAAUCUAUCCAUCAUAUUUUCUUCAAAAGAGAAAAUCCUCAAAAAACUGAGAAAAAUCUGUCCAAAAGUAUAUAUGGGGAUUUAAACACACAUGCACCCAAGCUCCACUCAGAGACAUCACCAGUAGCGUGAGAGAGGGGGGGGGGGGAGAGAGAGAGAGAGAGGGAUUUUGGGUCAGACCGAUAUCAAAGGGCUCUCUGACUGCAUAAAGCUUGUGAUUGAUGCAGGUGGACAAGGAAGACAACCCGAAGCUGGCGCGCUCGGAAGGCCCAGGUCCCCUGCCGGCGUUUAGAAUAUACAAGGACGGCUCUUUGAUCAAAGACCUCGACAGACCCGAGCUCGGCCUUCUGGAGAGCUCCCUGAGAAGUCUCCAGUAG